AGAAGAUGAGGGAUUUGGAGGAAGAGGAGGACGGAGCAGAGUCUGUAGUAUCUGGCUGUCUGUCUAUGAAGAGUGACCGCUCUAAAGGUCUUCCUCCAGAAUUCAGUAAUGAACCUGGACCAUCAGACACAAAACUGACUUCAGAUCAGAAGAUGAGUGAUUUGGAGGAAGAGGAGGAUGGAGCAGAGUCUGUAGUAUCUGGCUGUCUGUCUAUGAAGAGUGACUGGUCCAAAGAGGAACCUCCAUUCUUCAGUAAUGAACCUGGACCCUCAGACACAAAACUGACUUCAGAUCAGAAGAUGAGUGAUUUGGAGGAAGAGGAGGACGGAGCAGAGUCUGUAGUAUCUGGCUGUCAGUCUAUGAAGAGUGACCGGUCCAAAGAGUAUCCUCCAGACUUCAGUAAUGAACCUGGACCCUCAGACACAAAACUGACUUCAGAUCAGAAGAUGAGUGAUUUGGAGGAAGAGGAGGACGGAGCAGAGUCUGUAGUAUCAGGCUGUCUGUCUAUGAAGAGUGACCGCUCUAAAGGUCUUCCUCCACACUUCAGUAAUGAACCUGGACCCUCAGACACAAAAGAGAGGAAGAGGAGUGAUGUUUCUGAGGAGGAGCAGCCGUCCAGAUCCAGAACCAGAGCUGGACUGCAGACAGCCAAUCAGAGCAGCUCUGAACAAAAGAAUGUUGGUCGUCAGAAACAUAAGAUCAGGCUGAAGGGGACAUUUGAACGUGUAACUGAAGGAGCUGAAACAGGAAGUGAAACCCUCCUCAACAGGAUCUACACUGUCCUCUACAUCACAGAUGGACAGAGUGAAGAGGUUAAUACCCAACAUGAGGUGAGGCAGCUCGAGACAGCUUCCAAGAAGAAGACCCUCCAUGACUCUCCAAUCAAGUGCCACGACAUCUUUAAAGCCUUACCUGACCAACAGAAACACAUCAGAGUGGUUCUGACGAGCGGCGUCGCUGGCGUUGGAAAAACCUUCUCAGUGCAGAAGUUCUGUCUGGACUGGGCCGAGGGUUUGGAAAACCAAGAUAUCAGUCUGGUGAUUCCUCUUUCCUUCAGGGAGCUGAACUUGAUCAAAGAUGAGCAGUACAGUCUUCUUGAGCUGCUCCGUGUUUUCCAUCCAACAUUACAGGAGGUCACAGCAGAGCAGCUCGCUGGCUCUAAAGUUCUCUUCAUCUUUGACGGCCUGGAUGAAAGCAGACUUUCACUGGAUUUCAACAACAAGAAGGCUGUUUCUGAUGUCACACAGAAGUCAUCAGUCAACGUGCUGUUGAUAAACCUCAUCCAGGGGAAGCUGCUCCCCUCGGCUCUCAUCUGGAUAACUUCCCGACCUGCAGCAGCCAAUCAGAUCCCUCCUGCGUGUGUUGACAGGGUAACGGAGGCACGAGGCUUCACCGACGCCCAGAAGGAGGAGUACUUCCGGAAGAGAGUCAGUGAUGAAGAGCUGUCCAGCAGAAUCAUCUCCCACAUCAAGACAGCCAGGAGCCUCCACAUCAUGUGUCUGAUCCCAGUCUUCUGCUGGAUCACUGCUACAGUUCUGGACCACAUGUUGACUACAGACCAGAGAGGAGAGCUGCCCAGGACCCUGACUGACAUGUACUCACACUUCCUGCUGGUUCAGACAAAGAGGAAGAAGCUCAAGUAUGCUGAGGGACAUGAGACGAGUCCACAGGAGCUGAUGGAGGCUGACAGGGAAGUUCUUCUGAAGCUGGGGAGGCUGGCGUUUGAACAGCUGGAGAAAGGAAACAUCAUGUUCUACCAAGAAGACCUGGAGCACUGUGGUCUGGAUGUCACAGAGGCCUCGCUGUACUCAGGAGUUUGUACAGAGAUCUUCAAAAGAGAGAGUGUGAUCUUCCAGAAAACAGUCUACUGCUUCGUUCAUCUGAGCGUUCAGGAGUUUCUGGCUGCAAUCUACCUGUUCCACUGUUACACCAACAGGAACACAAAGGUACUGAAGGACUUCCUGGGAGAAGACUACGUUAGUUCAUCCCUGGAUGUCUUCCUUGAGAGCGCGAUAAAGAAAUCCCUUGAAAGUGAAAAUGGCCACCUUGACCUUUUUGUCCGCUUCCUUCAUGGCCUCUCUCUGGAGUCCAACCAGAGACUCUUAGGAGGCUUGCUGGGUCAGACAGACAACAGUCCAGAAAUCAUCCAGAGAGCCAUCAAUAAUGUGAAGAAGAUGAACAUGUAUGGGAUGUCCCCUGACAGAAGCAUCAACAUCUUCCACUGUCUGACGGAGAUGAACGACCACACAGUCCAUCAGGAGAUCCAAGAGUUCCUGAAGUCAGAGAACAGAUCAGAGCAGAAACUCUCUGAGAUCCACUGCUCAGCUCUGUCCUACAUGCUGCAGAUGUCAGAAGAGGUUCUGGAUGAGUUGGACCUGGAGAAGUACAACACAUCACCGGAGGGACGACAGAGACUGAUUCCAGCUGUGAGGAACUGCAGAAAAGCUUUACUUAAGGUUUGCAACCUCUCUGAGACUGACUGUGAAGUUGUGGCUUCAGCUCUGAAGUCCAACCCCUCCCAUCUGAGACAGCUCGACCUGAGUUACAGCAAUCUGAAGGAUUCAGCAGUGGAGCGUCUGUAUGCUGGACUGCAGAGUCCAAACUGUAGACUGGAGACUCUGAGAUUGGUGUGCUGCAGUUUGUCAGAGAUCAGCUGUGCUUCUCUGGUCUCAGCUCUGAAGUCCAACCCCUCCCAUCUGAGAGAGCUGCACCUGAGUUACAACAAGCUGCAGGAUUCAAGAAUGAUGCCGCUGUGUGGUUUUCUGGAGAGUCCACACUGUAGACUGGAGAAUCUCAGAUUGUGGAACUGCAGUUUGUCAGAGACCAGCUGUGCUUCAAUGGCCUCAGCUCUGAAGUCCAACCCCUCCCAUCUGAGAGAGCUGGACCUGAGUGACAAUAGGCUACAGGAUUCAGAUGUGAAGCUGCUGUGUGAGCUUGUGGAGAGUCCAAAAUGUCGACUGGAGACUCUGAGAUUGCAAGAAUGCUGGUUGUCAGAGAUCAGCUGUGCUUCUCUGGUCUCAGCGCUGAAGUCCAACCCUUCCCAUCUGAGAGAGCUGGACCUGAGUUACAACUUCGUGCACGAUUCAGGAGUGAAGCUGCUCUGUGGUUUUCUGGAGAGUCCAGACUGUAGACUGGAGACUCUCAGAUUGGAGCUCUGCACUUUGCGGGAGAUCAGCUGUGUUUUUCUGGCCUUAGCUCUGAAGUCCAACCCCUCCCAUUUGAGAGAGCUGGACCUAACUAACAAUGACCUGCAUGAUUCAGGAGUGAAGCUGCUGUGUGGUUUUCUGGAGAGUCCACACUGUAGACUGGAGACUCUGAGACUUUCUUCCUGUGUGCUCUAUGAGACUGACUGUGAAGUCAUUGCCUCAGCUCUGAAGUCCAACCUCUCCCAUCUGAAGGAGCUGGACCUGGGUUACAAUCAACUGAAGGAUUCAGGAGUGGAGUGUCUGUGUGCUGGACUGCAGAGUCCAAACUGUAGACUGGAGACUCUGAGAUUGGACUUCUGCAGUUUGUCAGACACAGGCUGUGCUUCUCUGGUCUCAGCUCUGAAGUCCAACCCCUCCCACCUGAGAGAGCUGUACCUGACGGACGAUGUGCUGAAGGAUUCAGACGUGAAGCUGCUGUGUGAUCUUGUGAAGAGUCCAAACUAUCGACUGGAGACUCUGGAAUGGGUGUGGUCUGGCUGGUAGUCCUCCAUCAUCCCUGUGUGUUCCUCUGGAUCUGACAGAGUAUCAUCAGUGUAUCUGGACUGCUCUGCUGCUGCUCUGUCCUUCUACAGUCUCUGCAGACACACUGAGACUCCUCCACUCCUUCUGCUCCACACUUGGUCGCUUAUGUCCAGCUCUAUCUCCACAGCGCUGUGGAGUCAGGUCUGGCUACAACACAGAUGCAUUAUGGGAUAGGAGGGAAACAAGUCUCUGGGUUGUUUGCAUUUCUUUAAAGCAAAGCCAAUGGUCUUGGGCGGCGCUAAGCUCCAGACACAGUGAUGGUGUCUUUGCUAAAAUGUCUCAGGAAGGAACUUGUUUUGGUGGGAAACUUCACUUGGAUGGUGGACUUAUUUUCAGUUGUAUCUGAUAUGUGUGAAUAUAAAGGACACGCUUUUUAUCAUCAGCAUAUUAAAGAAACAAAGAUUUUCUGUA